AUGCCGUCUCAGUCAACGCUGAGCAAGGAAGAGAAGGACAAAGUCAAAGCUGCUAUUCCAGUCUCCUCAAACAGGAUUUUCUGCGCUACGCUUGCCCGAGUCUACUACGCUUAUCCGCAGCCGAACGAAUGGUCGUAUUCUGGUCUUCAAGGUGCUCUCGCGUUCUCCAAGAACAAUUCAAAUGGUGCAUUGUCGUUUAGGCUUGUAGAUUUGAGUGGUACAAGAGGGGUUAUAUGGGAACACGAGUUCUACGACGGUCUGGAAUACUCUGCGGACAGGGCGUUCUUCCAUUCAUUUCCUGGCGAUGCAAGCGGAUUCGUGUUCUCCAAUGAAUCAGAAGCCAAAGAUUUGUGGAAGAAAGUACUGGAAAAGAAGGACAAGAAGCGCACGCCUAAGCCGGAGACGGAGAAGAAGAAGAAGAAGGCAAACAAAGGGGGCAAGAUAGACAAGUCUAUGAUUUCAGGACCAACGUCCGGCUCGUUCGUCCACGUUGCGCAUAUGGGCUACGAUUCCGAGUCCGGCUUCACUUCAGAGGGAGUCGACCCGACAUGGAUGACAAUCCUUGCAGGACUAGAAAAUUCGGGUAUCGCCAAGGAAAUGAUAGCAAAGAACAUGGACUUUAUCGAGGACUUCGUUCGUUCAUACCCUCAACAGCAGCCAGCAGCAGCGAAAGAGCCCAAGAAACCUCCACCGCCGCCACCGCCUUCACGGAAAGCUCACGGCCAGAAUGACAGUGUCAGUGUUCCGCCGCCACCGCCACCAUUACGGGGACGACCUCAACUGCCUCCUGCAUCUGCACCUGCACCUUCUCCACAGCCCCCUUCCAGAACUCCACCGCCACCGGUCCGCCCACCUCCGGCUGCUACCAAUGCACCACCGCCACCUCCGACGCGCCCGCCAGUCCGAGCAACCCCAGGACCGCCUCCCCCCCCGGCCCGGCCAGUGAGCUCAGUCGCUGUGGCUCCUCCUCCCCCGGCCCGUCCAUUGGGUAUAUCAAUUCCUCCAGCUCCUCCAGCAUCACCACUGCCAACAGGAGGUGCUGCUAUUUCUUCUGCCCCUUCUCCUCCUCCUCCUCCACCACCACCACCACCACCACCUACAGGAGGUGCUCCUCCACCUCCCCCUCCACCGCCGCCUCCUCCCCCUCCAGCUGGAGGUCCUCCUCCUCCCCCACCUCCUCCAGCAGGCGGUAGCGGAGCCGUCACAGGGCUACCUCCUCCUCAACCUGGACGCGGAGACCUUCUCGCUUCGAUUCAAGGAAAGGGUAUCCACUCGCUUCGAAAGACAGAGCCCAAUUCUCCACCGCCUUCUGGAUCGUCCCGGGGGGAAGAAGUUGCUACCGGUGCGACUAUGGGUGCAGCUGCAGGUGUUGGCGCCGCCGCAGGAGGGGAUUUGACCUCUGCAUUGGCUGAGGCAUUACUAGCCAGAAAUAAGAAUAUGGGAGACAGCGAUGAUGAUGACAAUGAUGAUGAUGAUGAUGAUUGGGACUAA